AUGACACAAGCCGUAUCAAAGCAAGAAGCUUCCAAGCAGCAAGUACAGCAGCAGAGUCAAGCUGCGGGGAGCAGAGAAGUGCAAGAACAUCAUGCUAGUGCUAACGCCUCCGCUGGUUUGAACCUCAACAUCUUCGGCGCCCUCUCUGGGGCUUUCUCCUCAAAGCAAAAGAAAACCACGCAUCAGAACGCUGAUGGCUCGUCUACCACUACCGAGGAUAAGCAUGACAAAGGUAUGGCGAAUGCGGCAGCUGGCGGCCGUGGAAGUGCAUUCGCAGCUGGAAAUGCACAACAGUCUAGUUUGAAAGCAAAGGAGAGUGGCGUGGGACAGGAGAGUAAGCAAGGGAAGAGCGUGAAGCAGGUUGAUCAUUUGGGCAUUGAGGGCUAG